AUACCAGAAACAAUCAGUCCAAUCCCGCGCCUUGAACCCCGCCGACGCCAUCAGUCGGAUCGGAUUCCUCAUCCAGAAAUCCCUUACUUAUCGCGAUAGUGGACUGACGAUCUCCGCCAUCUUCAGCUCUUAUCACGACAUCGUCAGCAAAUGAACGGUCUCUGUGUGCUCCGACUUUCAGGACGAGGUCUUCCACUCCCCGCCCACGGAUCUCGCUUUGAAAAAAAAAAAAGAACGAAAUUAAAAAAUUAAAAAAUUCCCGCCUCCUGUCGCGAUGGAAUUCUAUUCCACGGACAUGUCGCUUCGACAUUUGACUUGCGACAACCAACUCUCUUCCUUCGAGUAUUCGCGAUUCUGAGAAUGACGUCGAAGUUCGACCAGGAUGGCUUCAACUACCGCAAGCCGUCUGCGACCGUGCAGGAUGAAGAAACCGUCCCAAUGGAGGCGGACAGCGCCCCCGUUGACGCCUUUUCCGAACCGUUACAGAGGAAACUGAAGUCGCGGCACUUGCAGAUGAUCGCGAUUGGAGGGAUUAUCGGUCCGGGAUUGCUGGUCGGCUCGGGCAAUGCCUUCAGUGAGGGUGGACCGGCGGGAGUGUUAAUCAGCUUUUCGUUGGUCGGGAUUAUCGUUUACUUUGUCAUGCAAUCGCUGGGUGAGAUGGCGACGGCCAUCCCGGUGACGGGGUCGUUUACCGAGUAUGCGCAGCGCUUCAUCGAUGACUCGCUGGCUUUCGGGCUGGGUUGGGCGUAUUGGUACCUCUGGGUGACGAUUCUGGCAAACGAGUAUAAUGCCAUCUCUUUGGUUAUCGGCUAUUGGACAGAAACAGUCCCCCAAUGGGGCUGGAUCUUGAUCUUCUGGUUCCUCUUCUUGUUCCUGUCGAAUCUGGGGGUAUUGGCGUACGGAGAGAUGGAGUUCUGGCUGUCCUUAAUCAAGGUGUUGGCCCUGAUCGCCUUCUUCAUUCUAGCCAUUUGUAUCAGCGCGGGUGGUGUCGGGCCCGGUCCUAUCGGCUUCAAGUACUGGAGUGAUCCCGGCCCAUUCGCGGAUUCCAUCAAUGGAGUUGCCAAGACAUUCGUUGUUGCGGGCACACUGUACGCAGGGACAGAAAUGGUCGGUGUCACCGCCGGCGAGUCGAGCAACCCUCAGAAAGCCGUCCCCACGGCCAUCCGCCAGGUGUUUUGGCGCAUUCUGAUUUUCUACAUCGGAACCAUGUUUUUCAUCGGCAUCCUCCUGCCAUUCGACGACGACCGCCUCCUCGGUUCCGACUCCAGCACGGCGAACUCACCCUUAACCCUCGCCCUCGAGGAUGCUGGCAUCCUCCCGGCCGCGCACCUGAUCAACGCCCUCAUCGUCAUCAGCGUCAUCUCCGCCGGCAACGGCUCGCUCUACGUCGGCUCGCGCACGAUGCUGUUCAUGGCGCGCAACGGCAAGGCGCCCCGGUUCCUCGGACGCACCAACAAGCACGGUGUCCCCUGGGUGGCGCUCAUCUGGACCAACGUCUUUACCUGCAUCGUCUUCCUCACGAUGUCCUCCAGCGCAGGCCGUAUCUAUAACGCCCUGAUCACGCUAUCUGGCGUGGCAACCUUCAUCGUCUGGUCCGUCAUCUGCAUCUCGCACAUCCGCUUCCGCCAAGCGCUAGUCGCACAAGGCGACGACCCCGCGCGCCUACCCUUCCGCGCGACCUUCUACCCCUACGGCACGUACCUGGCGCUGGCGGCCACCGUGUUCCUCGUCUUCUUCCAGGGCUACACGGCGUUCCUGACGCCGUUUAGCGUAAACGACUUCAUCAUCAACUACAUCAUGCUACCGGUGUUUGCGCUCUUCGUGCUGGGGUACAAGUUCUGGCACCGCACGAAGCUGGUGAACCUCAAGGAGAUGGACAUCUGGACGGGGCGACGGGUGAUGGAAGCGCGCGAGGAAGACGCCGGCGGUGGACAGUCUACGACGCUAAAGAAACGACUGUUGAAGGUUUUUGUUGGAUGAGGGGGAGUGUUUCCUAUCUGAUACGAC